CGGGAGGGGGUGAGGGGGCCUCUUUGUGGCCGCCGGUAGGCUAGCUUGACUGGCUAGCUAGCUACCGAGCUAGCUGUGAAUUUGGUACGAGGAGGUUAACCACUUAACGGUAACACGCUUGUAAAAACUAUCAAAUUUGAGCCCUCCCCCUUCCAACAAUAACUAAGUCGUAAUAUUUACUGGCGUUUGUCGUUGAAAUUAACGAGCCUUUGCUUCCAAAUGGAAAAAAAAGAAAACGUUCUUGACAACAUGCGCUUCGCCUAUUUUGUUGUGAGUUACAUGAAGGAACGAUGUCAACCGAUAGAGCUAAAAAAAAAAAAAAAUAGAAUAUAGUGAAAAAAAUGUCAGCGCUCAUAUUCAUGGAACACUUGGGGAAAUUCUUGCCUAAUUUCUUCGUAAAAAAACGAGUAGAAUACUUUCAAGAUUUUUACGUAACAUUUUAGUUGGUAGAGAUGGUCAAAUUCUGGUAUUUGUGAGCAGUAAUCAUCAAAAUGAUACACACGUAUUAAAAUAUAAAAUUGAAUUACUCGACUAAAUUCAAGCCUUUGACACUGUUGUGAUUUUUUUUUUUUUUUUUUUACACGUGUUUGUGUAUUUUCCAAUGUUGCCGUGAAAGCCCCCAGGGUCCAAAAACCUGAUUUUCACUAACAGCCAAACGAUGUUGGGAGAGCGUUGUUUGGAAAGGGAGGUCAAAAGGUGACAUGGUGGCAGGGCCUUUGUCUCCACCUGCUACGACGUUGCCAUACUGAGAUGUGAAGGUGACCGAUUUGGAGGAAAGAAUCAACAAAAGUCCAAGAUGUCAGAGCGUAGGGUGCCGUGGAUACGCGGUUUUGGCUGGCGGUGAAGGGUUACUUGGUGCGAAAGGGUUUUCAGGCCACCCGGCAGCGGGACAGCAGGGCCCGCAGAGGCCGUUACAUCACUUGCUGCAUUACAGUUACGUCACAGCUGCAGAUGUUCAAAGUGUGAAUGCGGGAGGAGGAGGUUGGGGGGCGACGAGUGUCCUCUUUUCACUGGAGUCACUGGAAGAAAAGGCUUUGAGGUGUUUGGUGUCCUGCCUGACGAUCUCGGUGUCAAGACCUUCACCACCGCUGUUUAAGAUGCCCUAGACGGUGAGAGCUGACAUGUAAAUGGCUUCCAAAGUGAAAGAUGCAGUGGUGUGGUACCAGAAAAAGAUCGGCGCCUACGACCAGCAGAUUUGGGAGAAGUCCGUGGAGCAGCGGGAAAUCAAGGGCCUGAGGAACAAGCCGAAGAAGACGGGUCACGUCAAGCCGGACCUGAUCGACGUGGACCUGGUUCGCGGUUCGGCGUUUGCUAAGGCGAAACCGGAGAGUCCGUGGACGUCGCUGACUCGGAAGGGCAUCGUACGUGUGGUCUUUUUCCCUUUCUUCUAUCGAUGGUGGAUCCGGGUGACGUCCAGGGCCAUCUUCCUCUUGCUGCUGGCUCUCUACCUGCUGCAAGCGGUGGCGGCCCUCCUCUACGCGACCAUCCCGCAGGCUCACGGGAUCCCCGCUACCGAGGUGUUCGGCGCUAUCUGGCUCAUGCUGCUGUUGGGCACGGUGCACUGUCAGAUCGUUUCAACCAGGACGCCCAAGCCGGUGCCCGGCGUGGGCGGGAAGAGACGCAGGAAGUUGAGGAAGGCUUCCCAGAUGGAGGUGCAUAGGGAGGGCGACGGCUCCAGCAGUAGCGAUAACACACAGGAGGGGGCGCCGCACUCCUGCUCGGCCAGCGCCACAAACAGCCUGGGCACUCUGUUCCACGAUUUCUGGCACGAUCUGUGUAACGCCGGGUCCGGCAAGUCCAAGCUCUCCAUCGACAAGUCGACGGAAACAGACAACGGCUACGUGUCGCUGGACGGGCGCGUGACCAACCGCAGCAGCGAGGAGGGUCUGCGCCCACGCCAGGAACUCUCAAGGCGCCUGGAUGAGGCGUGCCCUGCUACGCGCGGGCCGUUGUGGCACGCUCGCGCCACCCAACACGUCGCCGCUGGCGUGAAGGGACCUGCGUCGGAUGAGGCAUCCAGCGAGGAGGAGCCUGACGCGUCUUACGUGGCCUUCCGCAGGGGAGCGGAUAGAUUUAACGCCGAAUGCGCGCUGCGGAACCGCAAGAACACGCACUACAAGAAUCACUACGUGGUGGAGGACAUUCCUAAGUCAAGCAACGGCCGCAGCUCCCGGCGCUCCAGCCCGAGGACUCAGGACUCGGAGAGCACCCGGCACGGGUCGGAGACCGAGGACGUGCUGUGGGAGGACUUUUUGCACUGCGCCGAGUGCAGGUCGUCGUGCACGUCCGAGACGGACGGAGAAGGGGAAGGCGUCCCCGCGUGUCCUCCCGCCAAGAAGGAAUACCGAGAUGACCCUUUCCAUCAGGUGGGUCCAUUAGUAACUGAGUUGUGUGAGAGUAAAGCUGCUGAGGGUGACGUCUGGUGCCUUCAGGGUCACGCCCCUUGGCCGCACAGCUCCAACACGGGCCUGGAGAGGGUGAGCGCCAUCGUGUGGGAGGGAAACGAGUGCAAGAAAGCAGACAUGUCGGUCCUGGAGAUCAGCGGCAUGAUCAUGAACAGGGUGAAUCUUUACACGCCGGGAAUCGGGUACCAGGUGUUUGGCAAUCUGGUGUCAGUGACGCUGGGACUGACCCCCUUAGCGUACAGACUGGCUCAGCGCCGCGACUCGGAGCAGCUGACGGCGCUCUCGGCCAACGAGCUGCUGUCCGUGGCGCUGGGGGGUGGGUCCGGCUCGGAAGCCCUGGUGGUGACCAUGGUAACGGUGAGCUUCACGGUGCGGCUGUGCCUCACCUGGCUCUUCUUCUUCCUGCUGAGCGUGGCCGAGAGGACCUACAAGCAGAGGCUGUUGUUCGCCAAACUAUUCGGUCACCUGACUUCAGCCCGAAGAGCCAGGAAGUCAGAGGUUCCUCAUUUUCGAUUGAAGAAAGUCCAAAACAUCAAGAUGUGGUUGUCGCUGCGCUCCUACCUCAAACGUCGAGGUCCUCAACGCUCUGUGGACGUCAUCGUGUCUUCCGCCUUCCUGUUAACGCUCUCGGUCGUCUUCAUCUGCUGUGCACAGCUGCUGCACGUGCACGACACGUUCCUGGAGUGCCACUACAACUGGGAGCUGGUGAUCUGGUGCUCCAGCCUGUCGCUCUUCCUGCUGCGCUUCGUCACGCUGGGCUCGGAGACCAGCAAAAAGUACAGCAACACGUCCAUCCUGCUGACUGAGCAGAUCAACUUGUAUCUGAAGAUGGAAAAGAAGCCCAACAAGAAGGAGGAGCUGACGCUGGUCAACAACGUCUUGAAGCUGGCGACCAAACUGCUCAAGGAGCUGGACAGUCCGUUCAGGCUGUACGGGUUGACCAUGAACCCCCUGCUGUACAACAUCACGCAAGUGGUCAUCCUGUCAGCCGUGUCGGGCGUCAUUUCGGACCUGUUGGGGUUUAACUUGAAGCUGUGGAAAAUCAAGUCGUGACACCAAGACGACCCGAGAUGAGGAUGAAGGCGACGUCUCGUGGGAGCGCCCUGACCUUCAACAAGCUAUUUACCCGCUCAGUGUUGUUACUUUUUAUUUAACCGGACUAUUUAUGACACGGCAGCGCGCUUCCGCGAGCGCGACUUAUUUUAUUUGUGGCGGGGAAAUUUUGUACGACGCGGAUUUAGUGUGUUCUCAGCUCAACUUCAGAAGUCAGUUUGACGCGGUGUACCGAUGAAGCGGGCCGGAAAAGGUCACUCGUACGUUGCGGCCGCUUUAGGUGAAGAUCCCAAUUUCCGAGGUGACGAUUUAUGGCAGAACCGUCUGGUACAAUUGACGGCGCGUUUAUUUGUACAGUAAUUAAUAAGUGACUGAAAAAGCAACGUCCAAAUAAAAGAGGAUGAUUAUUGUGGAAUCCAAAUGGAGACCUGGAAAAGAAAGGAGGGUACAUUCGAAACAGACAGGGAGACUGUAGUUUUCGGCGGGAUUUGAUGUAUCGUGAAAUAAUGUUGAGCAGCACGGUGGAUCACCUGGAAAGGCUUGGCCUCACAGUUCAGAGGUCCUGGGUUCAAUCCCGGACCCGCCUGUGUGGAGUUUGCAUGUUCUCCCCGUGCCUGCGUGGCUUUUCUCCGGGCAUUCCGGUUUCCUUCCACAGCCCAAAAACAUGGCAACAUUAAUUGGACACUCUAAAUUGCCCCAAGGUGUGACUGUGAGUGUGACUGUCGUCUGUCUCCAUGUGCCCUGCGAUUGGCUGGCAACCAGUUCAGGGUGUACGCUGCCUCCUGCCCGUCGACAGCUGGGAUAGGCGCCAGCGCAACCCUUGUGAGGAUAAGCGGCUAAGAAAAUGGAUGAAAUAAUAUCUCUUUCCACACGAGUGUGAACGAAGCCAUUAAGUAUUACUAUACUAUUAGUAGUAUAGUGUAUUGUAAUCAUGUAGUUCAGGGGUAGGCAACCCAUGGCUGGCGAGCCAUAUCUGGCUCUUUUGAUGGUUUCAUAGGGCCUGUCAUUUGUGUGAUGCAGGCAACGCAAAUGAGGCAGAGACAGUUUGUCGUAGCGGGGUUGCCGUAGUAUUGGACAGAAGAGUGGAACACAGAUGGCAAGAGCUACUUUCCAGAGUCCAAGUUAGUCAUCUGCAAAUCUUUGUUCCGACCCAAGAAGGUGAAUGCAAUUCAGAUGGCUUUGCUGGCGCUUUUGCAAUCGUAAGGAAGGGAAAGCCGUUCACAGAUGGCGAGUAUGCUAAAAGCAUUGUUACUUGAUGUGGGCAAUCAACCUUUUGACAAUUUUGCAUAUAGACCCACCUAUGUCGGCAAGAACUGUUUACCGUUGUAGCGUGGUGAUGGCAAAUCAAAUUGAGUUAUGGAUUAUGCCUGCAUGAAGCUUAAUCAACCAUUGUAUGAAAGGGACUGAAGCCAUCAGCGAAGAAGUGGCAUAAAUGGUAAGAAGUACUUUUGCCAUCAUUGGUUAGCAACAGCGUAACCAUGUUCUUGAAAAUAAUUCAGUUAUCGUUCUCUAAAAUUAGUGUUGGUUUUACAUAAAAGCGCGAAUGAACGAAACUUUCAAGGGGAAAUCCACUGGUUUGCAUGAACAAUGUAUCCAAUAGGUCACGUAAUAUGUAUCAUCCUAUUUUGACAAUGUGAUGUAAAAUAAUCUCUCAUUUUAUUGUGUUUUGAGCAGACUUUUAUCGACAGUUACGAAUGUUCAGGGGCGCCGCCAUUUUCCAGAGUCACAUGCACGGAUGUGACGUGUAGUCUGAGUACGCAUCCCAGCUUUGCCUAACGGGCUGCGGCAGACGCCAAAGCUGGGCUCGCUCUGCGUAAUUCCGCCCGGAAAACCAUCCGAACAUUCAACAUUAUUUUCAGCCAGAGGUUCAAAUCUGUAUGGAAGUAUUCAUCUGUCUUCCCGAUCAAGUGAUAUUGCUGUCGCUUUAUCAGAUGAGGAUUAAUCCGAGAAAUCAGCGCCAGGCACAAUGUAAUCGAGCCCUUGGUGUGCGGCAAAUUACAUGUCAACUCCGCGCACGUAAGUCACGUGACUUGCAUAUAUAUAUAUAUAUAUAUAUAUAUAUUUUGGAUACAUUGUUCAUGCAAAGCACUGGAUUUGCCCUGAAAUGAAGGAAGAUAAUCAGGGACAGGCAGCUCAUGUUGUGGACAUUUAGGAAACGGCAAUUUCUCAAUCUAUAUGAGGUAAAAUUCCGCAUCAAAGCAAAGAUCGUGAAUGAAAAUGGAAAAAAAAAUCCCUCAAACGGUUGUACGCGAAAUAGCCGGCUGCCUUUAGGACGGUGUCUCUCCCCACGAGGAGAGUUGGAAAAUAGUUCUGAACCCAAUUCCCGGAUGGAGGAUUUUUUUUUUUUUUUUUUUUUUUGGGGUGUGUGUGUGUGGGGGGGGGGUGACGCCAUUGGUCAGUAUUUUUAGUUGUAAUCUUGUUUUAUGGAGGCAAGAGAACAUGCACUUUAAUUAUGGACAAUUUGCAUCAGUCAUGGAAAGCAAAAGUUGUUGUAGGUCGCGUUAGCACCUGUGAUGUUAUUUUCCCCCCCCCCCCCCCCCCCCGGAAGGAGACCAAAGUGUAAGCUUUUCCCCCGAUUGGUUUGUUUUUCUCUGGCAGUCACAGAAUGUACGUGCAGCUUUAAAUAUUUUUGUUUCAUUCAUUUUUUUUCAGGCUGUACUUUUUAUGUGUUUUGAUGCGUGUGUUUUAUUCCAUGCUCUGUUUGUAUUUUCAAGUUUGUUUUUCCACACGGCGGUUCGGGAAGGAGAGGCAUAUUUGAAUGUUUUAUUUUUGUAGUCACGACGAAGCGUUUUGUUUGAACUCCAUCGGCGGUUCCGACGGUCCAAAUAAUUUCGAGACAAAGUGGUGUGUUGACAUUUUUAUCCAAAAAAAAAAAAAAAAAGUGCUGGAUGAUGAGGCACUAUUGUGUUUUGUGUUGUUGUUUUUCCACGUUUGCAAAUGUUUUAUUUGAAGAAGUGUUUGUGACACCGCAGACUGACAGGAAAUACAUGUCAGAGUUGGUUCAAAUAUCCAAGA